AUGUCUCCGGAAUCUAGCAACCAAACAACAUCCCUCUCCAGUUUCCUUCUGAAAUGUGCUUUCCCAGACGGAACUGUUCCUAUUAAUAUUGCUCCUCAAUCGCUUUCACUGUCAUCUUCUCCAGGAUCUUAUGACGGAGAUCAGUUUUCUCCACUCAUGAAACAGCACAAAUCACGAAAAUACGACUCAUGCACAAUUUCUGACGAUCUCCACGACGAAAUGAAAAGACUGAAAAAGAAGGAAGAAGCAUUCAAGACAGCUCUGUGUGGUUUUCAAAGAAGAGGUCAGAAAUGUAUUUAUGGAGAGCAAUGUAAGUUUGCUCACAGUGUGCAUGAGCUCAGGUUCACACAGGCAAAGAAAACUCAUCGUAACUAUAAAACAGUUCUUUGCGAUAAAUUCUCGACAACCGGGUAUUGCAAGUACGGAGCCAGGUGUCAGUUCAUCCACAGAGCUCUUGGCUCAACUUCUACAACCGAAUCAGCGGAAAUGGCGGAUUUCAAGCUUAAUGUUGAAUCAGACCUGUCUCGUGCAUUUGCUCUGGACUAUACAAGUUUCUUGCCCAAUUGGCAUUGCUCAGCUCUUCUUCACUAG